AUGUCCAUGAAUGCAGGAACUUCUGACUAUUUGAAGAAGUAUCCAGAACGUAGAAUAUCAUUUUUUCAAAGCUCUUACAUUGUUGGAGUUUCUUUUGCUGCUAGCAUUGGUGGUCUUCUCUUUGGUUAUGAUACUGGUGUGAUAUCUGGUGCUCUCUUGUAUAUAAAUGAGGAGUUUGAAUAUGUCAAGAAGAGCUAUUUACUUCAGGAGAUAAUUGUUAGCAUGGCCUUGGUUGGAGCAAUUUUUGGCGCUGCCAUAGGUGGUUACAUUAACGAUGUCUUCGGACGUAGGAUUGCUACAAUCAUAGCAGAUGUUAGUUUUAUUAUUGGAUCAGUGAUAAUGGCUCUGGCACCAAAUCCUAUGCUUAUCAUAGUUGGCCGUUUUUUAGUUGGCUUGGGUGUUGGUUUUGCCUCCAUUACUGCUCCUUUAUAUAUUGCGGAAGUAUCACCUUCUGAAAUAAGAGGAGGAUUAGUUAGUGCCAAUUGUCUUAUGAUUACUGGUGGCCAAUUUCUUUCCUAUGUCAUCAAUUAUGGCUUGACAAGAGUUCCAGGGACUUGGCGUUGGAUGCUUGGACUUGCAGCUACUCCAGCUCUUAUUCAAUUGGUUCUCAUGAUGUUUCUCCCUGAGUCUCCUAGAUGGCUCUACCACAAGAAUAGGAAGGAGGAAGCUACCACUGUGCUUUCCAAAAUUUACCCAUCACCUCGGUUGGAAGACGAAAUAGCAAUUCUUGAAUAUCACUUGGAACAAGAAAGCAAGAACAAGGUCAAAGUUAAAUUUAGCGAUGUGUUCAAAUUGAAAGAAAUCAGAUUAGCAUUCAUCUGUGGAGCUGGACUUCAAGCAUUCCAACAAUUUGUUGGAAUUAGCGUUAUAAUGUACUAUAGUCCAAUAAUAAUCCAAAUGGCGGGCUUCAAGUCCAAUGAAUCAGCAUUGUUCUUGUCACUUGUUGUUUCAGCCUUAAAUGCUGCUGGCACAAUUUUGGGCAUUUACCUAAUUGACAUUGCUGGGAGGAAAAAGCUUGUUAUUGGAAGCUUGUCGGGUGUGGUUGGAGCCUUGAUCCUCCUCUCUGUGUCUUGUAUUAUUAUAGGAAAUGGGAACAAAAGACAAGUUUUUGGAUGGCUUGCUAUUGCAGGUUUGGGUGUGUAUAUUUUAUUCUUUGCACCUGGAAUGGGACCUGUUCCUUGGACUUUAAACUCAGAGAUAUACCCUGAAGAGUAUAGAGGGUUAUGUGCUGGCAUGUCAGCCACAGUAAACUGGAUUAGCAGUGUGAUAAUGUCUACUAGCUUCCUUUCAAUGGCGGAAGGAAUUGGACUUGGCCAAAGUUUCUUGAUUCUUUUGGGAGUAGCUGCUCUUGCAAUAGUAUUCGUAAUCAUUUAUAUGCCAGAAACAAAAGGAUUAACUUUUGAAGAAGUGGCAGACAUUUGGAACCAAAGAGCCUAUGGAAAAGAUAAAAAUAUAGAAAGCAUCAUUGAGAAAGCAAGUGCAUGAUUUUUUAAAAUGCACAAAUCAUUAGGUAAAGAUUAUUUGCGGGAUCUUCUAACUUCUAAGAGGUCAAUGUUGUAAUGCAUGCUCCAA